AUGCAAGAACUGUUUGCGCCACGUAUCAAAGAGCGCGGUUCAAUAUCACCUGAUCAGGCGCUUGUACACAUGGUUAAGGUAAUGAUGGGGACAGGAAUGUUAUCGCUUCCUCUUGCUUUCAAACACUCUGGACUUUGGCUAGGCCUGGUUCUCCUGGCUGCUAUAUGCCUAAUAUGUAUAUUUUGCACACGACAACUCGUUUUUGCUCAACACUACAUCGGCUAUAUUAAACUGCAACCACGUUUGGAUUAUGCAAAUGUUAUGAGAUCAGCUGUAGAGCUAGGACCACCAUGGAUCAGAGAUCAUGGAUAUUUCUGGAAGUGGGUUGAAUAAAG